AUGCAGCAAGUGGAGCGAGGAUGUUUGCCCUGCACCAAUUGCAUGGUGACUGUGCCACAGGAUAAGUACUAUGCCGUGGAAAAGUUCGGGAAAUUUUCGCACAUGUUGAAGCCAGGUUUGGCCACAGUGGGCUUGGACUGCUGCGGCGCAUGCGUGUCCUUCCGGUCGAUCACUUCACGAACGGAGCAGAAUAUGGUGAGUGUUUCCACCAAGACGAAGGACAACGUCUUUGUGCAUGUGAAGGUGGCAGUGCAGCAGUCUGUGAUGCCGGAAUCUACUGAGCUUGCGAUGUACAAGCUGGACAACGUGCACGCGCAGAUUGAGUCCUAUGUGGCGGACGUGGUACGUUCCUUCAUCCCGCAAAUGACCUUGGACGAGUCCUUCGAAAAGAAGGACGACAUCUCUGACGCAGUACAGAAGAAGCUCUCCACAGAAAUGGCGGCGUUUGGUUUCGCCAUCAACAAGGCCUUGGUCACUGAGGUCUCCCCCAACGCCGAGGUGGUGGCCUCCAUGAAUGAGAUCAACAAGCAGAAGCGCUUGCGCGAUGCAUCACAGAUGGCAGCUGAAGCUGAGAAGAUUAAGGUGGUGAAGGCUGCGGAGGCCCAGGCGGAUGCCGCACAACUCCAGGGCGAGGGCAUUGCCCGACAGCGGCGCGCCAUCAUUGACGGCCUCAGGGAUUCGAUCACGCACGGCUCCGGGGAGCACCUUUCGACGGAGAAGAUUUCGGAACUGCUUCUGAUCACGCAGUAUUUCGAAACCCUGCGUGAUGUGGCAGCAAACAACCGCUCCAGCACGGUGUUCCUCCCUAGCGGACCUGGAGCAGUGGGAGAUGUGUCCGCGCAGAUUCGCAAUGGGCUGUUGACCGGUGCAGCGGGUGCCCCGGGGCAGCUGACUAUGUAA